AUGAACCUCCAGCUCAACGACCCAUCUAUACCAGCUCCCGGCGAGAUGGUCAGCGAAGAAUCCGGCCUCACAACUGCGAGCCCGCGACCGAUUUCUGGCUCGCCCCUGUUGGCUGACCCUCAUCAUCAUAGAGCGCCCAGUCUGGGCGAGCUCCAUCAGGAACUAGAGGCGGAGCAGGAAUCUCAUGUGAACCGCCUCUUGCAGAUGAUUCGACAGCAGCAGCUUGAGCUCCAACGGCUUCAGGCCGGUCAGCCACAGAACGUAAACCAGAGCUCUGCUGUUGACGAUAGCAGCGCCAUCUCUGAGCGGUCGGGUCAUGGGACGCCUCAUGCCUCGAGCUCCCAGAUUGCGAUCCCUCCCUCCUUGCCGUCUGGCGGCUCGGGUCCCCGGUCCGCCACUCAUCGCCACCCCCGAAGCUCGUUUGACAUGGCUCGCGCAGACCUUCAGAGACGAUCUAGAACGCCCAGUCGCAGCGGUGCUUCCCCGCGUCUCCGUUCGACAUCCAUCGGCGGCGAAAGCGGGGACUGGGUUCUUGGCGGCCGAGAUGAGAGCGCCUUCUACCAGGCCGAGACUCAGAUGCUAGUUCGGGAGAAUCAGAUGCUUCGCCAUCGAAUUCGGGAGCUAGAGAAACAACUAUCUGAUGUGGGCACUGGCUCCCCCACUGCCCAUGAGCCCCCUCACCACUCCAGCCUGACCAGAUCUUCCACCACGGCUGAAAAGGAGGAGGAGAAGCCUUGA